AUGCUAUUACCCAACAAAUUACAGCCAUUUAAAGGAACACAGCAAGUUCAUCAAAUUGUAUGGUGUGAUACAAAAAGAUCAUCUGUCGUUUUAAGACGUCUUAGUUGUACCCAAGAAACUUGUUUCCCCAAAGCCGAAUACUGUAAGCACGGUAAACACCUUGGGUUUCAUGAUGUUAUAAGACAACAAGUCAGCACACCAAAGCCCAAACGCAAUAAAACAAUGAGAGCUUCAGUUGUGGCCACUCCUCGAGUUUUAGAGUCUUGUAUUGAGCUCGAAGAUUUAGAUGACGACAGCUUUAUAGCCCCUGGCACGAGCGUUAUAGUAGAAUUCGUAACUGCUCUUCAUGGAUCUACACCAUUUUCGGCACUGUCUGAAAUGGAAUUGCCUCCGGAGCUUCAGAGGAGUACUUAG